AUGUCAACAGCACGAACGACGCGCGGGCAUAGUCGCUUGACUGUCUUUUGCACAACCCAAUCUCACCAAUUGCAACAAUCUUACCACAAAGCUUGUAUUCGCAGAAUGCCAUCAUCCGAUCAGUCGUCCACCGGAAAGAAGGAGAACGACAAGACCCGUGAGACUUGUCGCCGUGGCCCUGAAGAUGGAUACCCGUUCAUUGUUGAUGAAGUUUUCAAACAGCGCCGUCCAGAGCCACUUCCUGAGCCAGUCACUGUGAAAAGAGUCUCUCGCCCUGCUGGUCCCCACCGCACCAUGAAGAAAGUCGCCGCCGAACCAGAGCGCAGCGCCUUGCUCGUCGGAAAUGUUGCUGAGCGCAGCACCCCCACCCAAGUUUCUUCCACGCAGAUCCCAGCCAACAACUCUCUUGCCCUCUUCACUGGUGGUUCAAAGCCAUGUCCACGCGUCUCCGAGGCCACUUCCGGUCAGAAGCAGAUGAAGGACAACUCGAUAUCCAUCACAUCUGCCGACAGACCUGCAUCAAUCCACACCACUAUGCCUGGCGCCUAUGCCGAGUCUGAUGAUGGCGGUGUCGAACUGCCUGAGCAAAUCACCUCCGAGAACAACCACGACGCUGCUCGCAAAGUCAAAGCUGUAUCCAUUACUGACAGCUCUGGCCCCGGUACUCCUGAGGAUGUCUCCAAGCAGAAUGAUGGUGGUGAAAGGAAACUAGGGGUCCAGCUCAGCUAUGGCCCGGGCGAGACGGGCGCAGAGGAUUCUGCUCAGGAAGGCGAUAAGCUUGCGAGUAUCUUUGCGAGGCUUGAUGCACUCAACAGACCCCGUCGUGGAGACUAG